AUGAACACUGUUCAAGAUCCAGAUAUCGUUGCCUUGUACAGAAAAAUAAACGAAAAUCCAGAAUACUUGGAUGUCCCCAAUGAGAUGACAUUUGUGGAGUCACCUCUUCAUACCGCUGCUUCAGAAGGCCGUACCGGCCUUGCCCUUGAAAUCUUGAGGCUAAAGCCUUCGCUGGGGAAGAAAUUGAACCUUGAUGUAGAUAAUUCCUUUAUUAAACUUGAAACUGAACCCAACCCGCUGCUAGGAAGCUACGACAGGGCUCAUGUUAUGAAGUCAUUAAUCAAGUAUGUGCAUGUGAAUAAGAAGAAUUUAGAAGUUAAGACGGCGUUGGAUAUCCUAGAACCUGAAAUUUUUGAAGCAAGGAAAAUUUUAAUAAGCGCAGGAGCUAUAGAAGGUUCAUCACUUGAUGAUGCCACCAGUUGUGAAAAUUAUUUGAAGUCACGUGCAAUGACUAUAGAACAUUUUUUUAAAUUCGGUGCUUACAUGGAUUUCGGUGUGUCAGGGAAUAUGCGAAACGCUAUCCUAGUAGUAGUUGUGCUUAUUGCAACUGCUACGUUUCAAGCCAUUCUUACUCCCCCUUUUGCGAUUUCUCACAAUGAUACCCAUCCUAUUUGUCCCAGCAUCACUUCUGUUUAUAAUGAUACUACUACUCACAAUGAUACCACUCCUGUUUUUCCCAGCAUCACAUUUGUUUAUAAUGAUACUACUUCAACCAAUUCAACUAGCACCAACUUCAACAAAAGAACCCCAAGCGUGGGAAAAGAGAGUAUAAUUUUCAACUCAAUCGCAUUUGGGCUUGCAAUGGGAACGUGUGCAAUACUUACACUAAGUCCACUGCAAGUAUUUCUCUCGCUACCUCUCUCUCUAUUUUCGGUAAGCUAUGCUGCAUUGGAAUAUGAAAUAUACGCAGGUCCUUUUAUCUUGGUUGCAGUUGUGUCAUUAAUCAUACUGCCUUACUUGGUGAUACUUCCCUGGAUGAUCAUCAAAUUAAGAUCGCAAAUAAGUGAUGAGAUCUACCACGAAUACAACCUUGAUGAGGUGAAAUUUCUCAUGUUUUGUAGCACAGCUAUGAAUCAAGGACCCAUAGUGACUUGGAUGGCUGCAAGGAAAGCAUCACGAUGA